GAGCAACCACCAUGUUUCAUUCUUCUAAACAACUGAAUGGUUCGUGUAUGAAUAUUUUUUGACAGAAAGAAAGCGUUGCCCCCGGGAGAUAUCACAUGGAGACCAUGGUUAAAGCAUAGCUUCCUCUUCUUUUGCAUACCGUUUCUGUGCAGAAAAUACCGGAGAUUAAAGACAAGAAGACAUAAUGAAUAUUUCUGUGGAUCAUCAAGGCCCUCUUAUUCCAGAUAUUGCAGCGCUUGUCUUUUCGUUUCUGGACGUGUCAGAGAAGCAAACUGCCGCUCAAGUGUGCCGUUUGUGGUAUAAAGUGUCCUACCUUCCGUCGUUAUGGCGUGGGAUAACAAUAGUUCUACCUUUGGAAUGUUCCGUGGCGCUCGUCAAAAGUUUGAGCAAGCGAAGAAUAAGAAAGGUGAACUGUUCUAGAGCGAACAGUAAGGACUUGUCAAUUCUUUUUACUCAUCUGCCGGAGAUUACUCAUUUGAAUUUAGGCGGAUGCCCUCAGGUUAGCGAGGUGUUCCUCAAAUCUGAAAUUCCCAAAUUGCACCAACUGCAACAUCUUUCCUUCAGGAGAUGUGGACGGUUAUCGGACAGUGUCUUAGAAGCUUGUGGUCCACAACUCAAGAAGUUGAAAAGUUUCACUUUAGAAGAUUGCGACAACAUCACUGAGACUGGUUUCCAAGGUUUUAUCAAGCACUUAAGUGAACUGGAAGUGCUAGAUUUAACAUGGUGUGAAGGCCUUACCGAUGGAUGUCUCAAGACACUUGCACACUGCUGCCCUAAAGUGUCACAGCUUAGUUUACGGGGCUGUGACUGGGUUACUGUGCUUGGUAUCCGUUUUGUAGUGGAGAAUCUGAAAGACUUAUCUGUUCUUGAUUUUAAAUGGAGUCAUGGGAUAACUGAUGUUGCAGUUGAAUUAGUGGCGAAGAACCUGCCUUGUGUCACCUUUUUGGAUGUCAAGGAUUGUCCAUUUGUGACAAGUGAUGGUAUUGGCCAUGUGACAAAGCACUUGAAUAAAAUCAAACACUUGUCUUUUGGUGGUGGUGAUCACAUGCAUUUUGCAAACAAUGUUCAAGACAUUGAAAAUAUGUUCUUGGAUAUUUCCAAGCUAACAGAGCUGAGAUGUUUAGCAUUUGACUUCUGCGAUGGCAUCAGUGACUCUGCUAUACACACACUGAUAAAAAGCCUGCCAAAUUUGAAGGUAUUGGAUGUUGGGUAUGUGGAAACAAUCAGUGACAGCACUGCAGAUCUCAUUGGCUCCCACUUGCAGAAUCUUGAGUCAUUGUCACUCAGCAGUCAAAAGUUAGCAGACCGAGGAGUUGCAAUAAUUGCCAGCAAAUUGACUCAUUUGAAGACAUUGGACCUGAGACACUGCGAAAUAAGUAAUGAUGGCAUGGCACGGAUGGCUCCAUUUUUAAAGGAUUUGAAGUCUUUGAUAUUGUCAUCUCAUUCUAAACUCACAAAUGUGGGAGUGAAAUACAUUGCAAAUUUCAUGAAGAAUCUGACAAGUCUUGAUUUGAUGGAUUGUUGUGGAGUGACAAAUGCAGGUGUUGCAAUUCUUGCCUUCAACUUGACUCAAUUGCAGCAUUUGAAUUUGUCCUACUGCAGGCGUGUUUCAAACAAAGGUAAAUCAAUGGAAGAAUUAAACCAUGUAUUAAAAUCUGUUUCGCUAAAUUUGUUUCAAAUUUGGAAUACUGUGGUUCCUCAAUGCUCACUGCACCAGAAUGUCAUGUGGUUUGGGUUCUUGGGCAUUUAUUAUCCCAGUGUCUGUGUUAUCAUUGAGUAUCAAUUGAUACCAAUGAAUAUCAGGGAAGCCACAUGGAAUGAAGGAGAGGGGCUAGGGAAUUUCACACAAUGGACUAUGUUUCCAUCUGAAAGGAGUAGCAGAACUCCUCAUCACUUCAUUAUUUAAGAACCAUUGAACAGCUAGAUAAACUCAACCAAUUACUUAUUUUAAAACUGUUAACUCCCAGAAGUGAAUUACAUUUAAGUUCUCCCAACAGUGUCCAUAGAUUAUUCAGCAAACAGGUAAUGAGAAUAAUUAAGCUUAUCAGGAAGAAGCUAUCAUCUUGAUUUAACACAAAGAUCUCACUACUAAGUUACCAGGAAAUGCGUAGUAGUUAGUGGGGAGAAUUAACCAUCUGACCUUGGGAAUCAAAGGGUUAAUUGUAUGAUGAUUUUGUCUCAUCAGGUGUUUGUGAGGUGGGAAAAUACCUGAAGGAACUCAAGCAGCUGACAUUAGACCAGACCAAAGUAACAGAUCAAGGGUUUGUUUAUGUCAGCAGACAUUUGCCUAAGCUGGUAUCUCUUGGUGUUGAAGGAUGUAAAAUAACAGACAGAGGUCUAAUAAAGGCAUCUGAAUCUCUCUCAAACCUAGAAGAACUCGAUCUGGGUUCAAAUCUUAUCACUGAUGCAGGGAUCAAGCAAGCUGUUGGGCAUUUAAAAGGGUUGACAGACAUGAGUCUGACUGGUUGUAUGUCAAUCACUGAUGCUAGUAUUGAAAGUGUUUUGAAUGAACUGCCUUAUUUGACACAUCUUGGUAUUGAAGGCUGUCUUCGUGUCUCAGAGGAAGCUGUUGAGAGACUCAGAGAAACAGCAAAAUCAGCCAUUAGUUUCUUUUAAGUAAGAGGCAAGUCGGUGUGUGUUUGGCACUAUUAAAUGUCAUACCACAAAAUGACCAAUGACAUGUAACAGAAGGUUGAGUUUCCAUGAAUACUUGAAUAUUUUUCCUAGAUUUAAAGAAUUACUGUUGAUUAGGAAUAGGCUUAUUACUGUUAUUUUGAACUUUGUUGAAUGUAUCAUUGGAAUUGAAUUAGCAGCAUUUGGGUCAUGAGAAGUCAUGCCCUAAUUAGCAAAUAUUUGAUACUCAGUGCUAAUCAGUGUUGGAAAAACUGUGACCAGCAUUCUGCGUUAUGAUGGAAUUGUGAAGAGAUAAUGUUAUGUCAAAGCUGUGAACACUAAAAAACAUAAUUAUUUGAUAGAACUAUAAGAAGCAGAUUUAAGAGAUACCUUACCAUUAAAUGAAAAACAGUGUGAAGAAUUAAAAGUAACUCAUGCGAAGAUUUUGUUCAUUCAUACAUUACCUUACGAAAAGACAUUUCUGGUUUGAAUACACUAUUAGAGUGACCUACUUGGUAAUAAUUUUUACUACAUUCUUUUCUGGAACCCUUUGACCUCUCAGAAUGACUAGCAUCCAAUUUUUACCCUACAAUAUCACUCCUGAAUCACACAUUAAGGACACAAGAAUUAAGGAAAUGAUCAACUAAAAAGGCUCUUGAUCAUGAAAUUCUCCUUGUCAGCAACAUUGGAAAUCUAUGGAGAACAGUAUGAAGAACUUGUAUACUGGUCUUAGGGUGAAAGGCUUAACUAAUCAAUGGC